CGCAACAAAAAGUGGAAAAAGUAAAGAGGUCUGAAUGCUUUCCGAAUGCACUGUUUAAUAUACUCUGCACAGGACACAAAUAGAGGCAUAAAAACGGAGCAUCUGCCAGCUACACACAGUCUCUGUGGACAAAACCCACAGGGACAUUUAUGUUUUGGAGUUAUAGAUGUAUACAUAAGCAAGGAUUAUGCCUCUUCUUCUGACUGCUCUCUUAGGACAGCACUACCUGUUAUGUGCAGAAUAAGAGCAUGGAAAUUCACACCUCAGGGAGUGGGAAUAGUCCCUGUCUUCACAUCAACCUCAGUUAAGUUGUGCUAAUUGUCGCAGAGCUACAGUGUGUGGCCAGGGAGCACAGAUGUGGUGGAUUCUCACCUGCCUUUUAAUUAGGCUACAGGUGACUGCUAGACCAGGUGUUUAAAUUAACUACAGCACAUCUCUAAGGACUGGAUGACAGUAGUGUUUACGCAAGACCUCCAUGCAGAGCUCACGCAUCCGGGACAUGUGCACCUGCCACCACUGUUGUUCACAGUUUGGAACAAUCAACAUGAUUUCUAUCUGCUACCCACCACACCAAUUGACAAUAGCUGAAAACCCUACAUUGUACAUACAGUACAUUUUCUAUUUUGUUUUUUCACUGUUUUUCAGUCUGACUGUUAUGAAGGAGGAUGAGAGGAUUCAAAGAAGCAUCUAUGAGAGGAUAGAGGGAAUCGCAAACUGUGAUGACAGCCCCAAGCCUACUCUGGAGGAUGCGACAACGUGGACCAUGUCGUUUGAGAGGCUGAUGAAGAGCCCUGCAGGGCGGGGCUGCUUCCAACAGUUCCUGAGGACAGAGUUUAGUGAAGAGAACAUUAGGUUCUGGUUGGCCUGCGAGGACCUCAAGAAGGAGACCAACAAAACGGUGGUGCAGGAGAAGGUACGACAGAUCUAUGAGGACUUCAUCUCCAUCCUCUCCCCUAAAGAGGUGAGUUUGGACUCACGUGUUCGAGACGUGAUCAACAAGAACAUGCUGGAGCCCACGUCCCACACGUUUGAGGACGCCCAGCAGCAGAUCUACACGCUGAUGCAGAGAGACUCAUACCCACGCUACAUGAACUCUACAGCGUAUGCAGAUCUGCUGCAGAACCUGGAAGAACCACCUCCUGCCACAGAGCCAUAGACUCUCACUCUCCAUCAAUCACUCUACACAUUGCUUUUAGAUGACACUUGUGUAUCUUAUCCAAAGGAAUUUUAGGUCCAGCUUUCAGUUACAGUUCACAUGUUGAUUGAUUAACAGGUCAAUAGGCUCC